AUGAAGCGCGAACCACUUUCAGACACGCCGCCGCAGCGUUCUGGUCUUCACAAGAUUGUCAUUGGUGUUGACUAUGGCACGACAUUCACCGGAAUCAGCUGGGUCUCUACUGAAGGUGCACACAUCAAAGUCUUGGAUGAUGUGCACUGCGUCCGCGACUGGCCGGGAGGCGACAAUGCCUGGAAGGCGCCGACCCGCAUCGCUUACGGUGACGAGAACGGCUCUUCGGGCAAUGUAUGGGGCUACGAAGUGGCGCCUCGGAUGAAGUCCUACGCCUGGAUGAAGCUUCUGCUUGACCCAGAGCAAAUGACCAAGUACGACGACCCAAGCCUGACCAAGAGCCAGGGAGAAGGCGUUCUCCGAAAGCCACUCAACAAGACUGCUGUUGAGAUCUGUGCCGACUACCUUACUGAGCUCGCAAGCUUUGCUUACCAGUCCCUCGAGAAGAGAGUCUCUCCCGAAGUCCUUCAAGCUACGCCGCUCGACUUUUGGUUCACCGUGCCGGCAGUGUGGUCGGACAAGGCCAAACGCGACACACUUCGUGCGGCUCAGAAAGCAGCCAAGCAGGCCAAGCUGCGCGCCCAUCCUGACUCCCAGGUAUUUCUCAUUCGCGAGCCAGAAGCAGCGGCGAUUGCAGUGCUCUCGGACGUGACACAAGACAGAAGACUGACACUUUUAGGCGGAUCUGAGAACCAAGUUGGAGUUGGCCAGAGCAUUCUGGUCUGCGACUGCGGCGGAGGUACUGUAGAUCUCACCGCAUACCAAAUCACAGCCAUCACUCCCAAGCUUGAGUUCAAGGAGCUUGUUGUGGGCAUUGGUGGCAAAUGUGGAUCCACCUACAUCGAUCGCGAGUUCAUGAAGUGGAUGGAGCAUAAGUUCAAGAAAGCCUUCACUGAACUGCCUUGGGAGAAGCGUGGCCCCGCCAGUCGUAUGAUGAAAGACUUUGAGGCCCACAAGAAGGACUUUGGCAAGUCGACCAACACGCGCAAGAUUUAUGAGGUUGGACCUUUGGUGAUGAAGAAUGCCAAGAAUCCAAAGUACUACGACGAGGACGAGGGCAUUAUCAGAAUCUAUGAAGAAGAUCUGAAGCGGAUGUUCGACCCCGUGGUGAGCAAGAUCACCGAACUUCUGCAAAGCCAGCUCGACGCUGAGCGUCGUGCGACUGGCAAGCCAUCUACGAUCAAGACCAUUCUCCUCGUUGGUGGCUUCGGCGACUCCACUUACCUCAAUAAGGUCCUGAGAGAGUGGACCAAGGAGCGUGGCAUCAAACUGCUCUGCCCACCAAAUCCCCAGUCGGCCAUUGUUCGAGGAGCUGCUUACUCUGGUCUUCACGGCAUUCAGCCAUCUCACAGACGCUCUCGCCUCCACUACGGAUUUGCCUGCCAUGUCGCGUUUGAUCCCAUGGUCCACGACAAGCGCGAUCGCUUCAUCUCUGACUGGGACGGUACCGCUCGCGCAUCGGGAAACCUGUUCUGGCAGCUCGAAAAGGGUGCACUCGUCGAUCAGAACACCAAGAUUGCCUUUUCCGUCUACCGCACCAUCAGCGAAGAGAGCAAAUACGGCAAGCAUGAGACGGAUGUGUACGUCAGCGAUCUUGACGAAGCUCCUGAUCGGGUGCGUGACAAGGGCGCGAGAGUGCUGGUGACAUUCACCUCCGACUUCAGCAAGGUCGAUCUCUCCCAGUAUCCAUCCAGAAAGGUCAAGGGCCGCACCCUCCGUCGCAUCGAUUGCGAGUACAUCGUCCAUUUCGGCCAUCGCAAGGGCGUUCUCUGCUUCUCCUGCUUGGUGAAUGGCCAAGAGAUUGGCAACACCACCGUCACUUUCGAGAAUCAGACUGAGAAGGACGUCAUGGACGGACCUGGAGGCAGUGGUGGCGCCUCACCUCCUUGCCGAGAAGCUCAACAGCAAGCAUAUCAGACUGCGACAUCUAGCGAAAGCGACCAUACCUCGAGCAAAUUGGCUAUGCAUAGGUUUGUAGAGGGCAUAGGACGGGUAGACCGCAUUUUGGCCCAAGGGCAUCUUCAGACACCCUUCCCUAUAAAGAUGGCCGAGCGAAGCCGAGGCGAACCUCCGUUUCCGUAUCCUCGUCGCAAGCUCCUCGAACACUCCAACUACGGCCUAGAAACAUCCGGCUUCGCUCGGAUCAUGGCCUCUCCCACUUCCAGUCACUGCCUCCACAAGUGCUCAGUCGUCAUGAUCUUUCGAACCUUGCAAGGGGAAAACUGGACCAUCUGUCUUGACUCGCGCUUUCACGCGUGUCCCACGUGCAUGCCUAAUUCUUCAAUGCGAACGAAAGGGAGGCAGGCGUUGAAUGCCGACGCAGCCGCGGGAGUGCCCGGUUCGCCACACAAACAGAAAUUGACUCCUCGCAGCUAUCCUAUUCUCUCAUCGACAUCGACAUUACAUUUCAUGCGGUCACGAGAGCUUACACAAGCCAACAGAGACGCCUUCAAUUUCCAGGCUAUUUUGACUGAGGCUCAUGCGGAAUUCGAGAAUACCAAAUCCCAGCUGCGAAAGGAGAUAACGAGGCUCGCGGAUGCGAAGGAGGAGGUCAUCGAUCGCCUUACCUCAGGAGAGCGCGCAGAAAUCAAGGCGAACCUCCGACGCACUUUCGAUGCUGAGUUCAAGGCUCAGCUCAGCGCCAUGAUGACCAAUAUGGACAAGAAAGAAGGCUUCGAGGCGAGGAUCCAAAAGCUGGUGGAGACUCUGAAGAACGAUCUGGGCCCAAUGGUCGACAAAGCCUUUCAGCGCUGGUCCGAUGGCGUUGGUAACGACUUCAAAGAGACGCUCAAAGACGCUGGCAACUUGAUCCGUGCUCAGAACGAAGCGUUCGUUGCCGAGAGGGCGCGCGAGAGGCAGCGUUUUGAAGAGCUCUUCGCUCGUCAAGAGCAGAGAAUAGCAGAUGCCGAGAGGCGUGCCGAUAAGACUGUUGCUGCCCUUUCCGGAGGACCUCAGGGUCAGGCUUUGGCAGAUUUACUGCUCAAGCUGGAGAAUGUUGAUCUCAACAAGCUGACAGAGCAAGUCAAUGUUGUGGGCAAAUUUUCGUGUGAGCUGAGCCUUGAUCAAGACAAGAUCAAGGAGAACGUCGACAGCAUCAAGGCACGGCUUGCAGUUGCUGAAGCGCGUCAUGAGAACCUUGAUCAGCUACGCAGCGAACAAGACAGCAUCAAGGCACGGCUUGCAGUUGCUGAAGCGCGUCAUGAGAACCUUGAUCAGCUACGCAGCGAACAAGACAGCAUCAACACCCGGCUUGCCGUUGCUGAAACGAAUGACGAGCUCUUCGUUCACUGGUCGAAGGAGCUGGACAAGUGGGCGGCCACCGUGGACAGCGCAUGGGGCUUCGAAGAUGAUAGUGCCGCGCCAGGCGAGCUGCCCGCGCAAGCUGCUGCACCACCUCCACAGCCAACUCUAGGCCAACCAGCCGUUCACGGUGGUGCUACAUCAGCACAGCCGCCGCCGCAACAACAGCAUCAAGAUGGUGCAGAUGGCGGUUUGCAGCAGCAACACGACUACCAUCACGACCAUGCCGACACUCCCACUUCUCACGACAACCGUGGUGGUCGACGCGGUCGUCGUGGCGGUCGUGGCGGCCGCGGUCGCGGAGAUGGCAUAGGUCGCGGAGUGGGCCCAGGUCGCGGCUCGUGGUCGAUGAUCAUAAAGAUCAUUCAGAAUCUGAUCGAAGGAGCUGACAGAGAACGUGAGAUUGAAGGAGUACACGAUGGUGACCACACCUCAAUUGGAGCAAGGCUCCGCUAA